AUGGAAUAUCUCACUGACAGAGUGGCCAAAUUGGAGAACAACAUCUCGAUCUACAGGAACCAGAGAAAACCGAUGGAGGAUGGUAUGAUCAAGGAGAUAAAACAGAUUCAAAUGCUGAUGUGUGACGUCCAAGACCAACAGUGCUUGGCAUACAUGUCCUCGAGAGUGGAUAUGCCCCAGGGAAAAUUGAAAUGCACGCGGGAGGCUGAGCCGAACUUACAGAAUGACUUGGCGACUGUUCGGGCCAUAAUCGCCCAGCUCGAAUGGGCGUCAAUCGAACAAGCCAUUCAGCCUCUGCCCAGCAAGGCUACCAUGCUAGUCGACCCCGGCGACAAAAGUCCAACGUACCCGCACCUUGAUUCUCGAUACUGCCAGGUAGAGAAAAUCGAGCAAUCGAGAAGAAGUUUCUCCUGGGGUUUCAUCACUAGAUUUAGUGCAGACCCCGAUUCUAGAAGAUUCCGGAUUCGCCACAGCAACGCAAAUGAGUGCCCGGUGCACCAAUCCUGUGACCACUGGCGAUACUUAGACCCUAGAGAUUGGUCUACGCCUGGAGAAAACGCUGUCGAUCUGCAACUGGUGUGUAUGCACAAUGAAGCUAUUGCCCCCGGCAAGCCUUGGAUCGAGGGGCUGAAGAGGUAUGAUGACGAGGGGCAAGAGAAAGAGGGACCAAGAUACACCGACCGUCCUUGUUACAUCUUCGAUGCUCUGAAACCAGACUUCAGCAUCGUUGAAAAGCUGGGGUUUCAUGUUUUGACGUGGAACCUGGUAGGUGCUUGGUGGGAAGAAAUAAUGGAUCAAUGCGGGCGCUUAAUCCAGCAAGCUCUUUAA